GUCGACAGGGGGCGGCGUUGCGCAGUGAAGCAGGAAAUGAGCUGAACAGUUUGACAUAAAUAGAAGAAGACUUCAUUCAGCCAUUACACUAGAGCAGGUCGAAGCCGCUGCUGGUGGAGGACAGGUCAUUAGCAACCCGACAAAAUGUUAUCCGUGAGAGUUGCUGCAGCUUUGGCCAGAGCCCUGCCCAGAAGGGCUGGCUUUGUAAGUAUUCGAUUCAAACUGUCUAUUUAAUAGUGAUGCUGUUGAAAAGUAAUGCAAAUAUAUUGUGAACCUUGUGGGCGUGAAGGGUAAUGUUACAGGCCGCUAGCGACGUUGUCAUCGGCUUAUUAAUGCAAACCCAGAAAUGCCACUACUCUUAUGUAGUAAUACUUUAUUUAAGCAAUAUUAGAAAGGUAAUGUGUUUGUGCGCUUUCGAGUUGCCCUUGUGAAAUUUUCGUGCCCGAUGUUAAGCGAGCACUAGAGCUAACGUUAGCAUCCAGCUAGCAGCUCAUUCAGCCACGCUGUGAAGGUCAGAAAGCUGAUCAGCUCAUGUCGUCUGUUCUGCACGGCGCUGCACCAUUAAAGCUUAGAAAAUGCCUCUUUAAAAACUGUAAUAGCAAUGCUUUAUGUGAACUUUUAUUUGCAUAAUCUGGAAAUCUGAUACAUCUCUCAUGACUCUAGGUGGCCAAGGCUCUACCGGCUGCCUGCGUUGGGGUCAACCACCUCCAUACACACAGACCAUUGCUGCAGAAGACAGGUGAGCAAGUCACAAACAACAUGACACUUAAUGCUCAGCACUGCGGGUCAGCACCCAAGGGUGAUUGACGAAGGUCAUUGAUCACUCUCCUGUCCCUUAUAUUGUCUUAGUAAGUGCAGUGUCACAUUGUCAGAGGAACAUUUCCAGAGGUUACCAUCUAAACUAUCCCAGAUUAGCACACAGACAACUGACAAUCAUAACAGGAUAAGAUCAUUUUUAUUUGUAAAUUUGAGCAUUUAAGGCAAAAACAUAUUGAUGCAAUUUGUGAUUUUGCUGCAACAUUAAUGUUUGCAUGAAUUUUGUGUCUUUAAACUAAACGAGCUUUGCUUUUCUUCCACAGGCACAGCUGAGGUGUCCUCUAUCCUGGAGGAGAAGAUCAUGGGGGCUGACACCAGUGCAGACCUUGAGGAGACCGGACGUGUGCUGUCCAUUGGUGAUGGUAUUGCCAGAGUGUAUGGGCUGAGGAAUGUCCAGGCAGAAGAGAUGGUGGAGUUCUCCUCUGGACUCAAAGUAUGUUUAUAAAAAUGAUUUUUAUGCAGAAGGUUUCUUUCUUGGUUAAAUCCAUAAACACAGUGUUAACAGGUUUUAGUAAAUUUUCACCUGCAAUUAAAGAAAUCUGAAAGAACAUUGUGUACCUUUUUGGCAAUAUAAAGGGAUCCACACAUAAACCAACAGGUUGAUUCUUUUUUUGAAGCAUUCCUCUUUAUAAUCCACCAGUCUUACUAGGGUAUGAUAAUUGUUUUGCUAAUGCCCCCACCCCCCCUCUCCACAGGGCAUGUCUCUGAACUUGGAGCCUGACAACGUUGGUGUUGUGGUGUUCGGUAACGACAAGCUGAUCAAGGAGGGUGACAUCGUGAAGAGGACUGGUGCUAUUGUGGAUGUCCCAGUCGGUGAGGAGCUGCUCGGUCGUGUUGUGGACGCUCUGGGAAAUGCCAUCGAUGGAAAGGUUAAAUGAAUUCUGUACUUUUUUUUUUUUUUUUUUUUUUUUUUUUUUUUCUGGGUGGAAAUCAUCUGACUUUAAAUGAAACGUUAGCAUUGAUUAUUAAAAUAACCUACCGGUGCCCGAUUAAAGCAAUAACAUAUCCGUAUCCACACAGGUAUCAUUGUGAUGAAGUUAAUUAGAAUUUUUAUUAACAUUUUGACCUUUUUUAAAAAAAGAAAAAGACAAAAUGCUACAUCUGAGCUUGUUUACUCUUAAAUCCUUUUAAUUAUUUCUUAAAUAUUUUAAUGUUCUUUUAUCAAUAAGACUUCUGUUUUGCCUUCAGGGUCCCCUGGGCUCCAACACCCGUAGGCGUGUGGGUCUGAAGGCCCCUGGUAUCAUCCCACGUAUCUCUGUGAGGGAGCCUAUGCAGACUGGAAUCAAGGCUGUGGACAGCCUGGUGCCCAUUGGCAGAGGCCAGCGUGAGCUGAUCAUUGGUGACAGGCAGACUGGGUAAAUACUUUUUCACAGAAAUACACUCUGUAUUCCACAUUAGCUUGAGAAAUUGAGCCUUCUAGCAUGAUGAAUGAUGCAAUGAUGAAGCCAAAGACAGGGUGUAUGAUUUUAGGUCCACAUCUUUAAUACUUCCUGUCAUUUCCUCAGCAAAACCGCCAUCGCCAUUGACACAAUCAUCAACCAGAAGCGCUUCAACGAGGGGACUGAUGAGAAGAAGAAGCUGUACUGUAUCUACGUCGCCAUCGGACAGAAGAGGUCCACUGUGGCUCAGCUGGUGAAGAGGCUGACUGACGCUGAUGCCAUGAAGUACACCAUCGUGGUCUCUGCUACCGCCUCCGAUGCCGCUCCUCUGCAGUACCUGGCCCCAUACUCUGGCUGCUCCAUGGGAGAGUACUUCAGGGACAACGGCAAACACGCCCUGAUCAUCUAUGACGAUCUGUCCAAGCAGGUGAGGAGCCCGGACUGCUUCUGUUAAAUAUAAAUAAGAAUAAAACCGGAGUAAAAAGGAUUUUCUUUUGCGUUUAUCAGCAGAAAUUUUUAAGAAAAUUCUUGGUGCAACCCUGGUGAAGUAUUUUGUUUCCCCUCCUACUUUCAGGCUGUCGCCUACCGUCAGAUGUCCCUGCUGCUGCGUCGUCCUCCUGGUCGUGAGGCUUACCCCGGUGAUGUGUUCUACUUGCACUCCCGUCUGCUGGAGAGAGCUGCCAAAAUGAACGACAACUUUGGAGGUGGCUCUCUCACUGCCCUGCCAGUCAUUGAAACCCAGGCUGGUGAUGUGUCCGCCUACAUCCCCACCAACGUCAUUUCCAUCACAGACGGACAGGUUUGUGUAACACUGUAGAACUUGCUGUGAUUUAGUUAAGAAAUGAAUCGCUCUUUUUAAAUUACGCUGUCUUUGUUUUACUGUAGAUCUUCUUGGAGACUGAGUUGUUCUACAAGGGUAUCCGCCCUGCCAUCAAUGUGGGUCUGUCUGUGUCCAGAGUAGGCUCUGCUGCCCAGACCAAGGCCAUGAAGCAGGUAACAUUUGAGGCAACUGAAUAUCCUGUGCUCAUUCAGAGGCUAUAAUCUCCAGCGUCGUAACUACUCUGAUAACUCAUCCUUAGGUGGCUGGUACCAUGAAGCUGGAGCUGGCUCAGUACCGUGAGGUCGCUGCCUUCGCCCAGUUCGGCUCCGACUUGGAUGCCGCCACUCAGCAGCUCCUUAACAGGGGUGUCAGGCUCACUGAGCUGCUCAAGCAGGGACAGUACUGUAAGUGUCUUUUGCCUGUUUUGUUUUCCAGAGGGCAGAAUUGAAAUACUCUCAGAAGUAUUGUAUGUCUUGAUGUAACCACCAAACUGUCUCCUAUCUCCUUUAGCUCCCAUGGCCAUUGAGGAGCAGGUCACAGUCAUCUACGCCGGUGUCAGAGGUCACUUGGACAAGAUGGAGCCCAGCAAGAUCACAAAGUUUGAGAGGGCUUUCCUGCAGCACAUCCUCAGCCAGCACCAGGAGCUGCUCGCCGCAAUUAGGUAAGAUAAGUUUUUAGGUCACAGUUAAGUUUUUGAACAUUAGACCACAAGUUAAUGGUCUCAGCCAGAAUGUGUUAAACUGACUGACUCCUGUUUUUUUCUGUUUCAGGGCUGACGGCAUGAUCUCAGAGGCAUCAGAUGCUAAACUGAAGCAAAUUGUUCUGAGCUUCCUGUCCAGCUUCGAGUAAUGGAUAGCACUUGUCUUGAUCUUCAGUGAGCUACCUGUCUGUGUCCCCAUUCUGCUUAUACAUGUGAACACACUGAAGGCCAAAACCUCCAUGUACAGAUUUCUCCAAAUAAAAUUUUACAACCCUAUAGUGCUGUAAAAUGGUUCUGAUUGAGCGCUUCAGUACAGUGCUGUUAGUUUAGGUUGGUACCAUCGGAGCUGGUUUCACCAAAUGGAGAGUUAUUCGAUCAAUACACACUAGUUUAAACGCAUCAAAUGUGUUUUCUUGUACCAAAAUAUACAGGUAGAGUGUAACAGAGCACACACCACUGUAAUGAAUCCUGUUUGCUGUUCUGUAAAAUUAUUCAUAAGAAUAUUCUAUUGAAGAAGGUGAAUGAGUGUGUGAAGAUGACUAAGUCUGUAAGCUCCUUGUUGUCUGAGAGGUGACGGAGUCAUUUCCAAACCUUGUUUCUCAGCUGUGGACUAAGUUUUGGGCUGAAAUGUUUGAUACAAUGGUAAUAAAUUCAGUGACAAUGUCACAUCAAGUCCAUGACUUACUGUCCUGUUUUCUCUUUU